AUGGCGGAGACGUGGUUCGUCGUCGUCGUCUCCCUCUACCUGGCCGCUUUGUUCAAAUCCUUUCUCAACCUAAUCCUCCUGUUCGCUUCUUCUUCUUCUUCUUCUUCUUCUUCUUCUAGUAAGAAGCUUCCUCCAGGCCCACCCGCUGUUCCAGUCAUCGGUAGCUUCCUCUGUUCCAGGCCCAUCCUCCGCCACCUCCGUGACCAGCACGGCCCAAUCCUCACCCUCCGAAUCGGGUCCCGACCGACCAUCUUCAUCGGCGCCCACUCCACCGCCCAUCGGGCCCUAGUCCAGAACGGCGCCAUCUUCUCCGACCGGCCCAAGGCUCUCCCCGCCAGCCGCCUCAUCACCAGCAACCAGCACAACGUCAGCUCCGCCGCCUACGGUCCCACCUGGCGCCUCCUCCGCCGCAACCUCACCUCCGAGGUCCUCCACCCCUCCCGCGUCAGAUCCUACUCCCGCGCUCGGAAGUGGGUCCUCUCCGUCCUCAUCCGUCGCCUCCUCGACUCCGGCGGAGCAGCCGUCAAGGUGGUCGACCAUUUUCAGCACGCCAUGUUCUGUCUCCUAGUGCUGAUGUGCUUUGGAGACAAGCUGGACGAGGAGCAAAUUAACGAAAUCGAGGCCGUUCAGCGCCACCUGAUGUUGAGUUUAAACCGUUUCAGCAUACUCAAUUUUUGGCCCAGUUUAGGAAAGAUUUUGUUCCGUCGCCGCUGGAACGAGCUGAUUCGGAUUCGCCGGAAUCAGUACAGGGUUUUGAUUCCUCUCAUAAAAGCCCGACAAGAAGUCGUCCAACAACGUCGACGCAAGGAAAAAAUUAUCAAGGCCGACGGAGAUGACGAACAGGAGAAUAAAACACGGGAAGAUAAAGAAGAAGAGGGCGUGGUGGCAUACGUGGACACCUUGGUGGAUCUGGAGCUGCCGAACGAGAAGAGGAAGCUCAACGACGACGAGAUAGUGAGUCUCUGCUCCGAGUUUCUCAACGGGGGCACCGACAGCACCUCGACGGCGCUGCAAUGGGUGAUGGCCAACCUGGUCAAAUACCCCCGCGUCCAAGCCAAGCUGUACGAGGAGAUCACGUCGAUAGUGGGGCCGCCGCCGCAGCCUCAGCAAUCGAAAACCAGUGAACUCGACACCGCCAUAAGAGAGCAGGAUCUUCAGAAGAUGCCCUACCUAAAAGCGGUGGUGUUGGAGGGACUGAGGCGGCACCCACCGUUCCACUUCGUCCUGCCGCACACGGUGAUGGAGGAUGCCGAGCUGGAGGGAUACAUGGUGCCAAAAAGCUCGACGGUGAACUUCAUGGUGGCGGAGAUGGGUUGGGACCCCAAGGUUUGGGAGGAACCCAUGGAGUUCAAGCCGGAGAGGUUCCUUGAUGGGAAUGGGCAUGGGAUGAAUGGAGUGGUGGACAUAACAGGAAGCAGAGAGAUAAAGAUGAUGCCAUUUGGGGCGGGGAGGAGGAUCUGUCCGGGAUCUGGGUUGGCUCUGCUUCACCUGGAGUUGUUCGUGGCCAACUUGGUCUGGUACUUGGAAUGGAAGGCCGUGGACGGCGACGAAGUUGAUCUAUCGGAGAAGGAAGAAUUCGCCGUCGUCAUGAAGAACCCACUGCGAGCGCAUGUCUGUCCCAGAGCAGCAUCGGCAACCGCCACUUGUUCUUAAAAAUGUCUGAGAGUCAAUUUGGCAAUGUAUCCGAAAGUGUUGGUCUGCAUUCCUAUUC